CAAGGACAUGGGAGAAUAAUUGUAUUUUCAUGCAUUGCUUUAUUUCAAACUUAAACAAAACUUUUGAGUCGUACAUGAAAAAAAUUGAAGUUGAAAAAUGAAAGUUUUGUGAAAUUGAUUUGUAUUUCUGAUAUAUUUGUACAUUACACUAGAUUUAUCUUUCGCAGUCUAGUGUGUUUAACUUACCUAACUUUAUAUUUGAAGUAGCUAGCUGUUAUUAAUAUGUACUUAAUAUUAUAAAGACGAAUUGGACAUACAUGGUCGGACGUUUCUGUUCUAAAUAUGAAAUGUUUCUGCUGAUCGGAAUUCAUUUUUCAAAUAUAAUUUCUUUAUUUUAACUAUGAGUAAGAAAGUCAUGCGCUGUUUGCGAUGUAUUUGCAAGUAUCAUGGUAGUAUAUGAACACUACAGUCACCAUGUUUUAGGAUAGGACAGUGACAACACAGAUGUUGCACCACUAGUGAUAAUAGAUCUAAUAGCUCUGCAGGAGAGAGAUUUUACUCAUUGUUCCAAACUGAAAUCCAUCCAGAUUAUUAACGAAAUAAUAAAAUUGAAAAUAUUGGCGUUUUUAUUUUUCUUCACUGAAAACUACUAUAAAAAAAACAAGUUGAAAAAUUGUUUGCUUUUGGUUCAUUUAUCUGCUUAAUAAGACACAAUAUUGCGCUCUAAAAUAUACUAUUGCAAUGUUGCCGCAUACGUAUAACCAGAAACCUUAUUGGGAGACGGCAGCCAACCAACACCGCAUGCUGCGAUUUUUCAUGGUGUUCAGCGGAAUAUGCAGUAUUUGCCUCGUUAUGACAUUACGCCAACAACAUCAACUCAAAAGUGAAUUCGCCAAGCUUGAAGGCAGUUUUGAAAAACGAGGUGAACUCGUGGGUCAACUUCAGGAUAGUUUGCAACAAAACGUGAAGACCUGUGAACUAAAAUCUCAAGAGCUCCAGGGAAAGUUAUCCGAGAUCGGAAUGGAAAGAGACCAGGUUUCUGAGAACUCGCAACAAAAAGAGAACCGCUACCUAGAAAGAAUUUCCAUUCUCGAAAAGCAACUCGAUUACAGCGACCUGAAAUUUGUCAACUGUUCCAAGAAAGUUAACGACUACAGUGAUAAAUGCAACGUCCGAAUCCAAGAACAAUACAACAAAUUUGCCGACUCACAGCACAAAUUAGAAAACUGUGAAGGUGAUUCAGCUAUCUGCAAAACAGAAAUCGAGCAAUGUCAGCUGAAAUACAAAGAGGCCUUGAAAAUUAUCAAAGGGCUAAGAGGUGGCUCAAAUAUCGUGGACCAGGCGGACAAUUUAGCAGGUGGUCAACUGCAUGAAGAUGGCAGCUAUAACAACCUAAUACCUCAAAACGAGAACCCAGUCGAGCAUGAAAAACUUGUUCAAAACAUGGGAAAUGAGCUGAAUAACAAUAAUGCAUUGAUGUUGGUGCAGGGUAACUAAGACUAUGAGUUUUCCUUUUUGAGUUAAGCUGUCGUUUUCUUG